CAGACUGUUACACGGGCGGUGAGCUGUAGUGCUGUUCAAGAAUGGCUGCACUGUGUCGUCUGAGGCAGUGCCACUCCACAGGCAUUGCCAUCUCUCAUUUUCACACGAGCAGCCGUGCCUCUGCCAAACUGCACUAUAAAAUGCUUGUUGUCGGAGGAGGAACUGGGGGUAUUUCGAUGAGUGCGAGGAUGAAGAGGAUGAUGGGAGCUGAGAAUGUGGCAGUUGUGGAGCCCAGUGAGAUGCACUACUAUCAGCCAAUUUGGACCCUGGUUGGUGCCGGUGCAAAAACUUUAACCUCAUCAGGUCGUUCUACUGCGAGUGUUAUGCCCUCUGGAGUGAAGUGGGUGAAAUCGAAAGUUCAGGAAAUAAACCCAGACACAAAUACUGUCCGCACAGACGACGGGAAUGAAAUCACCUACGAGUAUUUGAUUGUGGCUCUUGGUUUACAAAUCCAUUUUGAGAAGAUCAAAGGACUGCCUGAAGGAUUUGAACAUCCAAAGAUUGGGUCAAACUACUCGGUCCAAACUGUGGAGAAAACGUGGAAAGCACUGCAGGACUUCAAAGAGGGCAACGCUGUGUUCACUUUCCCAAAUACUCCUGUGAAAUGUGCUGGAGCUCCACAGAAGAUUAUGUACCUAGCGGAUGCCUAUCUCAGAAAA